AUGCCUCGUCGGACUCGCUCACCACCCCAUUUUGAGCGCACUCUCGCGGACCUGGAGGAUUGGGCCCAUAAAACCGCCAUCGAGGAUUGUAAACUCGAUGCGUGUCUUGACAAUUUUCUCGUGCGCGUUUACCGGCUCAAUCGUUCCAUCCUUGAACAGUUGGACUACAGGCCUUAUUGGAGAUAUGGGAACAGAGAUUCCGAGAAUCCCCCAAAGCCAUUAAAAUGGGAUGGGCCGGGUGCCGGGGAGCUGCGGAAAAUCGCUUCUCAACUUCAUGACAACUUGAAACGCCUUCUUCCGGGCUACGUGGAGGAUGACACUGAUAUUCUUGCAAACGAAAAAGUGCUCCGAAAGCUGAAUAGCCGAUGGAACGCUGUCAACUCCAAGGUGGUCAAGGGCAAGGAAGACGAAGACGAGGAGCAAACCUUCGACAAGAAUUAUCUUGACGAUGAAGAUUAUGAGGAAACAGAGGCUAAAGAUACCAGUGCAGGAGAGACUGGUGCAGGAGAUACCGAUGCAGAAGACACAGAAACUGAGAAUAGACCGGGGGAGAAACCCAAGGGAAAUGUUCGUGAGACAAAGGCUUUUCCAAACUCCCCUGCUCGCUUCAUGGACCGACUCCUAGACACCUUGAGUGCGGCACGUCUGGCAACAGUGCGAGAGAACAGUACCGGAUCUUCCUCCCUAGCGACUGGUGCCUUUACACAGGCUUGUCGGCAGUUGAGAGAGGCGAUCGAGAGCGAGACCUCAUCUGCCUCUUUUGCAUGCGGGGGCAGCAUUCCGAUCACUAAUCUCAUCGACUCCGAGCAAUCUGCAGCUGGACCUAUGUCGCCCCGUGUGCAAAUCGUUCACUGGGGUGAUGAGCACGAGUCCACCGCACAAAGGCUCACGCUGCCACUGCUAAAGGAUGCCAGUGAUUCUUCUAUCCAUGGUCUCCAAGAGCUUCUUGAUGCUUGCCAACCUGCGAGCUUUGGUAGGGGUGGGCAGGACAUCCUUGACCCCGAAUACCGCAGGGCAGGCAAACUGGAUCCCGACCGAUUUCUGACGAGCUUCCAUCCAGCUGAUUUUGGCAUUAUCGAACUCAUCGAGCAGAUCCUUCUACCUGGUAUUAGCAGCGAGACUGAAAAUCGGCUGCAGUUCCGCAAGCUCAAGGCUGAGUUGUACAAACUGAAUGUAUACUCGGGCCCUUCUGGGCAUUUCCGAAAGCACGUUGACACCCCACGCUCGGAGCACCAGAUUGGAUCACUUGUGGUUUGCCUGCCGUGCCAAUUUGAAGGAGGCAACCUGAUUGUGCAGCAUCACGGGCAGGAGACUAACUUUGACUGGAGCCGGCAGAGUAGCUCUGAUAUCCAAUGGGCGGCCUUCUACUCGGAUUGCGAGCAUGAGAUUGAGACUAUCAGAGCGGGCAAUCGGAUCACUCUCACGUACAAUCUCUAUGUACGGGAGAUGCCUGGUGCCAUACUUGCCCCUAUCCGUCCGGCCAUUGAUCCACGGGCUUUCCCACUCUAUGGGGUGGUUGAGAGUCUACUGAACACCCCUGGCUUCAUGAAAGAUGGCGGCGUGUUUGGAGUCUUCUGCUCUCAUGCCUAUCCCCACUCCUCGGAUAUAGCCGAGCUUCAACUCCCACGUGCCUUGAAGGGCGCCGACCUUGUUGUCUAUGCUAUCUUUGAAGCACUUGGUAUUGAAGUCAGCAUCCUCCCGGUCCUGGAAUACAAUGGAGACUAUGCAGGUAACCCUCAGCUGGGUGUCCCUGGGCAAGUCCCCAAGCGUAAGGGUAGGUAUGGGUAUCUGUCCCAGAGUGGAGGUUGGAAUCCUGUUGCAGAAAGCUACCUGAGAGAGGGCAAAGAGGAUUCCCUCAGCUACAACGAAGUGUACCCUUGGAAGUCCAGCAGUGCACUUGACGUGGACCAGCACUGGAGACGGCUGCUGUUGACACGGGAAGUAUCGGAAAUGAAAGAUGCCUUCUGGCUUGGAGAAAAGCACCAUCUGCCAAUGAAGCCAAACAGCCUCUAUCAGGGAGGGGGUGCUCGAGUAGCCCCGCAUUUCCGAGGCUAUUUUACGUCUGAUCGCGGACAGGAAGAAGGCCUAGAUGAGGUGGCUAACGAUAUCUGGCCGACAUACUACCUCCCGGGCAUUACCUGGCUCACCCAACCAAAGCAUGAGGAGAUGGCCUUUUCUCAGAUCUCUUAUGGCAAUGAAGCCAGUCUCGGCACUCGGUAUUCCUGUGCAGCGAUCCUGGCCGUCAUUCCGCCUUCUAGUCAGCGGGGCCAACAGAUGCAGAUGUAG